AUGAAUAGAAACCGCCAGUUAUUAUUGGUUGUCGGGUUGGUAUUCCAUUUCUUCUACCUAUGGUCUAUUUUUGAUAUAUAUUUUGUCCUGCCUUUGGUGCAUGGCAUGGAACAUCAAAAGUCCACUGAUACUCCACCUGCCAAAAGAUUAUUUUUAAUUGUGGGAGAUGGGCUCAGAGCUGAUAAAACGUUCCAAAAGUUGACGCACCCUACAACUGGAAAAGAAGAGUACCUCGCGCCUUACUUGAGGAAUUUGGUGCUCAAUGAGGCUACUUGGGGUAUCUCAAAUACUAGAAUGCCCACGGAAUCGAGACCUGGACAUGUUGCUAUGAUUGCAGGAUUUUACGAAGACGUUUCCGCUGUUACUAAGGGAUGGAAGGAGAAUCCAGUUGAUUUUGAUUCAUUUUUCAACCAGUCUACUCAUACCUAUUCCUUUGGCUCGCCAGAUAUCUUACCUAUGUUCGCUUAUGGUGACAACGUUGUUCCUGGUAGAAUUGAUGUUUGUAUGUAUGGGCAUGAAUUUGAAGACUUCACUCAGUCCUCUAUCGAAUUAGACUCAUUUGUGUUCAAGCAUUUCGAUGAUUUAAUGAAUAAUCUGACUACCAACAAGACAUUGCACGAUGAAUUACAUCAAGAAGGGAACGUGUUUUUCUUACAUUUAUUAGGUCCUGACACAGCUGGCCAUGCUUACAGGCCAUAUUCCGCCGAAUAUUAUGAUAAUAUUAAAUAUAUCGACGAAAAGUUGUCAAAAUUGAUCCCAAGAAUCCAUGAAUUUUUCGGAGAUGAAGAUUCUGCAUUUGUUUUUACGGCUGACCAUGGGAUGUCCGAUUUUGGGGCACAUGGUGAUGGUCACCCAAACAACACUAGAACUCCAUUAAUCGCAUGGGGUGCCGGUGUAAAUAAGCCAAAAAAAUUAAAUGAUUUAUCUGGCAUAGAGAAAAGACAGCAAGUUUUGAAACAAGAUCCAGUUAAUUCCGGAUACGAAGAAGACUUUUUCGAUACUUGGGAGUUUGACCACUUAGCCAGGCAUGAUGUCAAACAGGCUGAUAUUGCUCCAUUGAUGGCAUACUUGAUUGGUGCUAACUACCCUUCAAAUUCGGUUGGUGAGUUACCUUUGAACUAUCUCGAUGGCAAUUCAUUAACUAAAAUUAAGGCAUUAUACAAGAAUGCUUUAGGGAUCGUAGAACAAUACAGAGUUAAAGAAGUUGAAGUUUUUAACCAUCAAUUUAACUUUAAACCUUAUAACCCAUUUGAAAAGAAGAGUGUGGAUGAAUAUAAGUCUGAUAUUGAAAAUCUCAUUUUCAGAUUAGAAAACUUGAAUGAUGACCAGGAAAUAAACCCUGAAUUGUAUGAAAAGAUGGCAAUCAUCUUAUCUGAGAAUUUAAUGAAGACUGCACUUGAUGGGUUGACUUAUUUACAAACUUACAAUUGGUUGUUAUUGAGGUCGAUCGUCACUAUGGGGUUCAUUGGGUGGAUCGUUUAUUCCUUUACUAUUUUCUUGAAAAUGUUCAUUUUACCACAAUCUGAAGAGAACGAAGACGCAGAAGAAGAAAGUGCAUUAGAUUUAUCAUUUUCAUUGCUUAACGUCUCCUUUGGAACGUUAGCACUUUCGAUCAAUUACCUUUUAUUCUACCAAGGCUCGCCAUUUAACUACUACAUGUAUGCAUUUUUCCCACUAUUCUUCUGGUAUAAUAUCAUCAAUGAGAAGGAUAUUCUCUUCGAGGGCUUGGAGGAAUUUCUCUACGGUAUUUCCAGAAGUACCAAAAUAUUUAUACUCGUUACAUUUGUCGGAAUGUAUGAAGGUAUUGUCUAUGGAUUUUUCGAGAGAAUUAUGUUCUCUGUUAUCUUUGUCUUGGUUGGAUUAUAUCCACUGUUGAUCGUUAACGAGCAAAAUAAAAUUACCAUAUUUCAAAAGUUUGUCUGGUUCUUUACUUGCUUGAGUAUGUGUAUUUUUACCAAUUUAGAUCCAGUUAAAGUUGAAGAUUUAGAUCAAAUUAAUGCUGGGACCGUUUUAUCCUUUAUUGUUGGUUUAGUAGGUACAUACCACAUCUUUCCAACUAUUGCUGAGAAUUCAGUUAAUGUGGCUUUGGUUGGCGCUCAACAUGCUUGUAUUAUAUUAAUUUCGUAUGCAACAAAUGUUUCAGUGGUGUCAUUACAGGCAAGAACUGGAUUGCCAUUUCAUUCACAAGUGCUUGGCUGGGUUGUUUUCAUUGUUUCGUUAAUUGUGUUGCCUUUAUUGUAUACUAUAAAGCCAUCCAAGGAUUACAAAUUUAGGAUGUUAAUCAUUUAUUUGACAUUCGUACCCACAUUUGUUAUUUUGACAAUUUCAUUUGAAUUACUCUUUUACGUUGGAUAUUCUUUAGUGUUGGUUCAAUGGUUAGUUAUUGAGCAAUCAUUGAGAAAUGCCCAUCACAUCACAAAGGCAGGAGCAGUCGAUAAGAGAGUGAAGGGACACUGGUUACAAAUUAUUAGAAUUACCAUCAUUGGAUUCUUUUUCUUACAAUUUGCGUUCUUCGGUACUGGUAAUAUUUCAUCCAUAUCAUCAUUUUCAUUGGAUUCCGUUUAUAGGUUAAUACCUAUUUUUGAUCCGUUCCCCAUGGGGGCUUUAUUGAUGUUAAAGCUUAUUAUUCCAUACGUUUUGUUAUCCACAUGUCUUGGUAUAAUGAACCAUCAGUUAGAUAUUAAAAAGUUCACUAUUUCAACGUUGAUUAUCUCGACGAGUGAUUUCCUUUCAUUAAAUUUCUUCUUCUUGGUAAGAACUGAAGGAUCCUGGCUUGAUAUAGGAGUCAGCAUUUCAAACUACUGUUUAGCAAUUUUAUCUUCAUUAUUCAUGUUAAUAUUAGAAGUUGUCAGUUCAAUUUUACUUCGUGGAGUUGAGAUCAACCAUUUACCAAGAGAAGUCGAUGGGAUCAAAUUGCAAGAAAGUUUAAUCAAGGAUGAAAAUCCAAUUGCAUCUAGAGUUAGAAGAAGAAAGAAGGAUUAG